AAAGUGUUCCAUAUUGGAGUUACCUCGUUAAUUAGCGUGCUGUAACUGCUUCUAUGCCGCUCAAAUGUAGCAGUGGUGUUACAUAGUUCCUUUUAUUAUCUUCUUUAGGACAGAAAAUCAUCUUGUGUUGAUACACAUAGAAUUGAACUAUCGUGUCAUCCAGUGGAUAUUUGCAUUUCGUGGAAUAUUCCAUAGUGGUAUGGCAUAAUUUGUUCUUAUUCGUAAUAGUAACGUAGUAAAUAUUGCUUCCUCUUGCGACGGUCUAAAUUUUGUUAUGGUUGCAUUACUUCUGUGAUAUAAAAAGGUUAUAUAUCAUGGAUUAUUACUAAAAUGCAUGGGAUUCGUAAGGAAGACGUUUACAAGACUCCUGAGGAGAAGGAGGCUUAUACCUUGAAGUUAUCCAAGGGCUUCAAGUUGUUGGAUUCAUUUGUAUCUAGUGUUCGUAAUAGCGACGAUGAGACAUCCGAUUCCAGUAUAUUCAAUGAUGAAAGCGAGGCAGAUCGCAUGUUUGCUUUAUCGACUGACAUUAUUGAUUUCAUGCCAGAGUUUUAUCCAUCAUGGCAUUAUCGUAAGAAUUACUUCUUAAGACACCGUUCAGAUAGGGAGCAUCUAAAGACAUUAUUGUUUUCUGAGCUGAAUAUGCUUAUGAGUAUAUUAAAGAAUUCUCCAAAAUCUUUUGCUGUUUGGCAGCAUCGAUUGUGGGUUUUGACUAUGUUGUUUAGUUUGCGCCCUGAUGGUCUAAUUGACUUAUUGAACAAAGAAUUAUCGCUAUGUAUGUUAUUGUUCAACAAGGACGGUCGUAAUUUCCAUGGUUGGGGUCACGUGAAUUACGUUCGUCAUUAUCUCAAGUUGUUGGAAAGUGAUAUAUCUAGUGACAAUGAUUCACCUACGGAUAGAUUGUGUUAUUCAGAGUUUUCAAAGCUGAUUGAUAAAGACUUUUCAAACAGUUCGGCCUGGUAUCACCGUAGUCAUUUGAGCGAAACUCAGGGUUCGUUGGCGUCUGAGUUGAAAGUUAUCCGUGAAGGGAUAUACACGGAUCCCAACGACCAGUGUGUUUGGGAACACUUUGACUGGUUAUUAUAUCGUCGCAAUGCUUUACCUUAUUAUGUAGUUAAUUGCUAUUAUUGUAGUAAGAGUGGGAGUAUUUUAUUCUAUUUUAAUGAACCCGUGAACUUAAGCCCAAGUGAGAGCUAUAUUAUAGCAGGCACUUCCAAAGAUUCACGCUCUAAACUAGAUGGCGUCUGGAGUCCAAUUGAUUCGUCACCAGUAAUAUCUAAGAUCAAGAAUGCUAAUUUACGUGAGUACGCAUGGCGUUUCAAAUUGAGUUAUCCUGUCAACCAAGAUGCGUUGAUGCACGCAUCCCCUUUUAUUGUGGUGACUAUGAAAAGAGGGUCUAUUGAUUCAUUUUAUUCUCGCCUCAGGAGCAUGCCUAAGUGCAACGUGGAUGGUCAUAAUCUCAAUUCUCAUGAAAAUGUUCCGCAUCUAUUAGGUUUACGUUACAGUAUGGAGCUUCAUCAAAACAAUGAAUUUCAAAUUGACUUGGCAUCAUUGAAAUCUUUCCGUAGCCGAAUGGACACAUUAUAUGGGUGGGAUGAAACCACUGACUUGUUACGCAAUCCGAUAUUACUUCCCGGGACAAAGCGCAUUGUAUCCAUAGGUCAGGGUGUUAAUGAGUUGGUACUGGAGGAUCAGCUGACAAUGUUAAAGGAAUUAGAUACCCUGGACUCUUCUAAGUACUUAAGGCUCGCUCUGUCUAAAAUAUCGAAGUACAUUGGAUGUUAUGAAAAAUCAACUGAGCUGUCCGGUUACCUUGGUUAUGGGACAAACAUGCAUCCUACUAUUUGUUCCGCUUUAAAGUCAUAUGAUGCUGUUACGCAAAAUUUGGAUUCUUCCAACAAUUCUUCGUAUGCUGACUUGAGUAACCUUGGCAUUAGUAAUCUACCAUAUCGUAUAUUGCAACCUCAUGUUAUGUUUGAGAGCAUAAAUCUUAAAGGAAAUCUACUAUCUGAUACGUCAUUAGUUGAUUUUGGGUUAUGCAUGUUGCUAAAUCUUCGUUCUGUUGAUUUGUCGGAAAAUCAAUUUCUUCAUUUAUCUAAGGUGUUAGAAUCAUUGCGUAACUUGCCAUUUCUUUCACGUAUCGAUCUCUCUGGGAAUCCUUUGACAAGAGAAGUCAUUACAGGAACUACGCAUAUACCACUAGAACUAUCCGAAAUUGAUAUAUCUGGCAGUCCAUUGGCUGAAUAUCUGGUUGAGGACGCCGGGAUAACAGACUCUACUACUUCAGAGCCAUUGCCAUGUGCUUCUAUCAUAGGCUUCAAGAUAGAUAAGCUAUGCACUAAUGAACAUUCUGAAGGAUCUACGGUUUUGACUGAUAAAUCAACUGCUGCUGCCAACCGAAUAUUAUUGACAAGAGAAGCAAAUUAAAACACUGGAAACAUA